CUGCAGUUCAUCUUUUGGCCAGUGGGGGACCGACAACACAAGCCUGACCGCUGCAGACCCGAGUGCACUUAGCCUCAAGCUAACGUUAGCCACCUGAACACCAUUAACCCCAGUGUGGGGCUUUAAUUAGUCAUUAGUUCGGUAGCGGGCCCCGGGCUGGCUUCUUCGGUCGAACAUGCAGAAAUAUGAAAAGCUGGAAAAAAUCGGAGAGGGAACUUACGGGACAGUCUUCAAGGCUAAAAACAGAGAAACCCACGAAAUCGUAGCUUUGAAGCGGGUGAGGCUGGACGAUGACGACGAGGGGGUCCCCAGCUCUGCCCUGAGAGAGAUCUGCCUUCUGAAGGAGCUAAAGCAUAAAAACAUAGUCAGACUACACGACGUUUUGCACAGUGACAAGAAGUUAACCUUGGUUUUUGAAUAUUGUGAUCAGGAUUUGAAGAAGUAUUUUGACAGCUGCAAUGGGGAUCUCGAUCCUGAAACUGUGAAGUCAUUCAUGUACCAGCUGCUGAAAGGCCUCGCUUUCUGUCACAGUCGAAACGUCCUUCACAGAGAUCUGAAGCCGCAGAAUCUUCUCAUCAACAGAAAUGGGGAGCUGAAGCUGGCUGACUUUGGGUUGGCUCGAGCCUUUGGUAUUCCUGUGAGGUGUUACUCAGCAGAGGUGGUGACCUUGUGGUACCGGCCUCCAGAUGUGCUGUUCGGUGCUAAACUCUAUUCUACCUCAAUCGACAUGUGGUCUGCUGGAUGCAUAUUUGCAGAGCUGGCUAACGCUGGAAGGCCUUUAUUCCCUGGGAAUGAUGUGGACGACCAGUUGAAAAGAAUCUUCAGAUUGUUGGGUACACCGACUGAAGAACAGUGGCAGACUAUGACCAAACUCCCCGAUUACAAGCCAUAUCCCAUGUAUCCAGCCACCACCUCACUGGUGAAUGUUGUCCCUAAACUAAGUAGCACAGGACGAGAUCUACUCCAGAACCUGUUGAAAUGUAAUCCUGUGCAGAGGAUCUCUGCAGAAGAAGCCUUGCAGCACCCGUACUUCGCUGAUUUCUGCCCUCCCUAAAUGCUACAUUGCCUCUGCGUGACCCUCAGCCGCCAGAAUCAAUCAUCCUUCACUCUGCUGGUUUCAUUAGGAUCAGUCCCAACAAGGCAAAAUCCCUCACCGGUUCUCCAAACACUCCCCUGCAGUUCAUUCUGUUGUGCCUCAGUGUGGAACAAAGUCCUCGCGGCUCUGCAAGGUUUUUGUUUCUUGUACGUUGCAGGCCAGUUUAAUUUGGUACUUAGACGCCUCCCGGUUAAUUAGCGCUAACGUGGGAGGUCGCGCUACGUGUUGCAUUGAAUAAAAUGUCACCCGCAGAAAUGGACCUUGACAAGAAGCCUGUCUGAUCCAAGAGAAUGAAAUUGGCACAUGACUUUUAAACAAAGCCCUGAACAAAAGCCCUUUGAAUCUGUGGUGAAUCUGAAUCGAAAGUGCUGUUCGCAAACAACACAUCAGUUACACAAACCUGUUUAACAAUAAUGGUUUCUGAUCCCAUUGUAACGUUCAAAGCAGUUUGGCCAGUGUGCUUCCAGUAACCCAAGUCUUAACAAUUGGUGGAGACUGUUGCCUGAUGGGUAAUGGGAUUUUUAACCCUAACACUAAUAAAAAAACCUGUUAACGAUAAAUCAAUACUCAGUUUUUAAAUAACAAAUAAUAAACAUUUUCUGACGAGGAUUGGUUCAUUUUGGUUGUUAAAUAAUUAUAUUUGUACAGAGUUUGAUAUUUUACAGUUUAAAAAAUCUUAACAGAUUUUAUAAUCAAAACACUUUCUAAAUCAAAACAUGGAAUUUCAGUGCUCAAGUUUGUAUUUGCUUAUUGGCUGUGAUAACCACUCAUACUGAGGAAGGGCUCUAGUGGAGACCACAGAUUCCUGGGGCAGCUCAUGCUAAUAAAAAGUCGCUAUUUUACUACAUUAUAUUAAAUAGAUUUCCCAGUUUAAGAAUCACAAGCAGCUGAUUUUUUUUUUACUGAUAAUGCUUAAGUCAGUGUUUUUCCCCUUUUAUGCGCGUGUUGUUUGUUUAAGGCCAUAUUUUAGUUUUAUUUUAUUUGUCAUUGUUUCCUCAGAAGUUUCCUGGUUAGAAACGUGUCAUUUGGUUCUAAAGACGUGGGGGGGGGGAAAUUGUAGGAAAUGAUUUGAAAUAACUGCUCCGGCAUAAAUAUUAAUGUUAUUCAUUUAUCAAUGGAAGUAUUUUCUAUUUAUUAUCUAAAUUGUGUUUUUGUCUGUACACAGAAUUCACCUUUUUGCUCCUUUAGGUCACAAACUGUUAUUCAGAUUGGAAAUGUAUUGACUGACACUGUCGCCAUCGAGUUUAGGAUCAAAUUACAUUCGUCUUCCCUGGAAACAUCGUAGACACAAAUGUGUUCCUGUUAUUUAAUUUUUUUUUAUACAUAUAUUUUUUAUCACACUUCCUGUUUCCGAUGCUUCACAAACCAACAGAACAUUGUCCCACUAAUCGUUACAAGAUUGUAUAAUAGCAUGGGAAGCUAAUUUAUAAUUUUCUUUUUUAUUUCCCAUUUUGUCUUUUUGUGCACUUUGUAAAUGACGGUUUUUAUUUUAAAUCGUUUAGUUAUCCAUGAUAUUAAAAUUUGUUGAACACUGACAGCCAGGAUUAGAGCCGGUUAUCAAUAAAUGGGCCAAUUAUAAAUAUAAAUAUAUAUCUGUAUGUACGUUAAUGAGCAGUGGACCAUUUGUGACAUAUUUCUAUUUUCAUCUCGAUCAUUAUUCUUUGAGCUUUUCUAAAACUGCUUUUGUAAUCAUUCAGUUAGAGAUUCAAGAAAAAAGGCAGAUGAUCUCAAUGAUAAUCUGUAUUUUCAUAUGAUUGUUUUCACCCAUUAGCCGUUUCCAUUCUGGUUACACGUGUCAAUAUGCUCGACAGCUUGCAGUGUUAUUUGACUUCCGAUCAUUACAGUGCUACUUAUCCCAUCAACGCCUACACGAUGAGCCGUGUUUGAAUCUAUAGGGAAAAGCACUUAUUUUCAUUUUGCUGACGUAUAAGACUAGAUAAUGGAUGCAUGUAUUUAUUGAUGAUGGAAUGUCUGCUCAUUUUAAUUAUUGUUUUUUUUUUGUUUAAAUGUAGCACAACUUCAUUUGGUACAGAAACUCAGUUUUGAAUGAUUUGAAUAAUACACCUGUAGUGUUUAGCCGCCUCUUUAGGAUUUCACAUGUUGAAGGUUGUAUGUGGAUGAAGUUACAAUCAAGAAAAAAAACACAAAA